GAUUAUCAUGGCACACCAUCAAAUGUAAACUUGAAAGUUUAAAAAGUAGAAAUCAAAAUUUUCUCAAACAGCUUGGUGUAACUAAAUAUUAUUUAUUCAAAGUUAAUAUCCCCCUUUAUUUAAAAUGGCAACCGCCAUGGCGGUUUGUGAAAUUUGUGAUGAAGAUUUUGACACAGAAGACCACAAGCCAAUGUGCUUGACUUGUGGUCAUACCUAUUGUGUCUCCUGCAUUACAAGCUUAUCUACAGUUCAUGGAGCCAAGAGCUGUCCUAAAUGCAGGAAGAAAAUUCGUAAGCCUACUAAUGAAUUGUUAGUCAACUACAGCUUGAUUCCCUCGAAGAACAAGGCAUGUAAACAGAAAAAAAAAACAGAGUCAAAGCCUCUCUGCUCUCAACAUGACAGGCAGCUGGAUUACCUGUGUGUAAGCUGCAUUAAAUUCGUCUGUUUUACAUGCACAAGAGGCAUUCAUGGCGAACACAAAAUCGAGGUCGUUAAUAACCUGCUCCAGAACGCCGAUGCGGACUCAAAGGCCAAAAUACAGUCCGCAAUAGUAGAAAAAAUAAAGCGACUGAAGAAAAAUUUACAAGUAUCUCAGACUUUGAUAAGUGACAUCAUACAACUUAGGGCUGAUGUGGAUGAAUGGAAUGAUUUUCUAGAAGACCAAAUACGGUCUACCAAGUCAGAUCUCAUGGCCUGGAACGCCUUGGCCUCCAGUGUUGGCAAAAAAAAUAGUGUCGAAUGCGAGGAAAUUCUACAGCGUCUGACAUCGGAACCUUCUGAAAAUAAGUUACCUGAAAUCAAAAGGCAGCUGAGCAGGAUUCUGCGAAACGUCACCCCAACCGUGUAGAGAGUUAGAGGACUGCCCCUGACAGUGGACAUUCUUUUAAUAAGUUUCUUUAUUUAGAAAU